CAAAAUGUUAAAAGCUUUAGUGUAUACUUCUUUUGUAAUUUAGUUCUUUCUCUUUUCUGAGUUUCUGCUUGGUUUCUGAGAAAAUAUUAUGAAAUGAAAGAACUGUAGGAUCAGAUGGUAUUAGAAUUUUGUUAAUCGGAAAGUACUGGAAAUUUGGCUGUGUGCCUUCUACCUUACUCACUGCAUCCAUUUGAUUGGUGGGAAAAUGAAGAAGAGUUGUUACAAUUAUUAUCAUUUUUAAUUUUUGGGUUGAUUUUGUGAUAUUCUUGAGUUUUUUGGGUAAGUUUCAUCUUCCAAGUUCUAAAGUUGUGUUAAAAUGACAAUAUGAGCUCAAAUUUCCUUCCCAGUUUCAUGAAUUAUAUUAAUGGUUAUCGAUGUGCAGUACCUUUAAUACCUUUAUCUCACUUUUCUAUGUCAACCAUUUUUGCUCAAAACUAAUUGGCAUGAGAUUUGCAGACCAACUAUAUUAUGGCAACACAAAUAAGCUCCUGCCUUGUAAGCAUAAAGAAUAUAGAUACAGAGAUACCAAGAAUCGUUGCAUGAAGGAACCUGGUGGAAUUAUCAGAUAUUUCAUGACAAUCUGACUGUUGGAUGCAAGAAAAUGUAGUGCACUCGCAACUCAACACAACCAAGCUGAAUUCUUUUGCUGCUCUAGUGUUGUGAUUAGUAGUUUAAAGCGGAAUUCAGAAAAUAUGAUCAUUACUACUAGCAUUUUCCUUUUAGGUUUGCAAACUUUGCGACUUUUGCAUUGAUAAGUUCUUUCCCUAAACAGGCGAUGCAAUUGGGCAUAUUUCAAACAGUCCCCUGCUCCAGUGUGAAAGUGCCUUUUUGUGUUGAGGUUGAGGAUUGCCAUAUCACCCUAGAGAAGGACCCCAAUUUCCAAUUUCAGAAGUGGGGGGAGGCUAACCCCAGCACGUUUGUGUGAACUUUGUAAGCAAAGGGCAUAUCACAGCAUGGGUAACAAAUUGCAGAAGCCCCAAGAAACAAAUGUAGUAGAAGAACAUGAGCAAAAAGAAGAAGUUGUUUCAAGUUUCACUUGUGAAAUAUGCAUUGAACCCAUGCUAUCAAACAAGAAAUUUGAGAAUGCUAGUUUGUGUACUCAUCCCUUCUGCCUGGACUGCAUAUCUAAAUAUGUCGAAGUAAAAGUUGAAGGAUUCAUUGGAAACAUCAAAUGCCCGGGAACAAGCUGCAAGCACCCACUAGAUCCUCUCUCAUGCAGGUCUAUCAUCUCAAAGCCAGUGUUUGACAAAUGGUGUGAUCUUCUAUGUGAUUCAGUGGUCUCAGGGGUCGAAAGGUGCUAUUGUCCAUAUCGGGAUUGCUCGGCUUUGGUUUUAAAUGAGUGCAAGGAUAAACUGAAGAAAAUCAAAUGUCCUAACUGCAAGAAAAACUUAUGCUAUGUAUGCAAGAUCCCAUGGCAUGCAGGUUAUCAGUGCAAUGAGAGUGGACAAUUGAGAGAUAGAAAUGAUGUUCUGAUUGGGGAACUUAUAGAAGAGAAGAAGUGGACUAGAUGCUAUAAUUGUGGUCACUCUGUUGAGCGAGUUAGUGGCUGCAGAGAUGUAAAAUGCAAAUGUGGGGUUCGUUUUUGUCAUCAAUGUGGAGGACGGUUCCAUUUGGGUCCUUGUAAGCACAAGUGUUGUGGAGAUGCUUUCUGCAUGCUCUUAUUUUUUAUAAUAUUGAUGGUUUUUUGCUAUCUCUUUUAUCAUCAAGUAAAUCUACUAUCCCCUUCUGUAUAGCCUACUGGUGCAGAAGAAUUGCCUCGAAAGUCCUUUGCUACAUCAUGUUGUUUAGCAAAUAUUAAAAUAGGUUGUAAAUAAUGUUUAUCCAUGUACUGGAGAAAAGUUAAACUUGCUAUUACUACUAUCACUGUUAUUAGCACUGUCAUUAAAUCAUGUACAGGCAUAAACAUAUAUAAUAGGUAGCUUUGAGUCUUCUCUUUAAUAUCUCUAUCUUGGUUGUGAUAAUAAUUUUUCAUUUGUAAAGACGCAUGCAAGUGGCAUUCCAGAUGACCCCUUUAUGUUUUUCUGCA